UAAUUAGGGAUUUAUUCUUCAAUUAUCCAACUACUAUUACAUAUUUCUUUUUCAUUUCAAAAUUAUUUAAUUACUUUCUUUUUUCACUUUUGACACGUAUCCUACACGCGCAUUUUCCAGACACAAGCUAGGUUUAUUUAUCUGGCCAAUGUUAUGCGAGUUGGUGUGGAAAAUGUCACAAGCUGGGUUUUGUUUUCUUCCUUUAUUUGUAAGUUAGGGGCUAAAGUGGCCAUUAUUUCUUCCUUCCUCUGUGUUCAUAGAUAGAGAUUGAUGCAACAAUGGAGAGUGAUCAUGGUGAAGUAGUGAGCAAUAAGCAAGUGAUAUUGAAGAACUACGUGCCUGGUUUCCUUCAAGAAUCAGAUUUCUAUAUCAGAACUGAUUCUGUAAAACUCAAGGUCCCAUCUGGUACAAAUGGUGUUCUUGUCAAGAAUCUCUACCUGUCUUGCGAUCCCUACAUGAGAAUCCGAAUGCGAAACCUCCACGACUCAUAUUUCCCACCCUUCAAGCUUGGUUCGCCUAUUACUGGGCGUGGGGUGGCUAAAGUUGUGGAUUCAAGUCAUCCAGACUUCAAGAAUGGUGAUUUAGUGUUAGGCAUGACUGGGUGGGAAGAGUACAGUCUUAUAACAGCAACUGAGAUGCUUUCUAAAAUUCAUGAGAAAGAUGUGCCUCUUUCUUAUUAUCUUGGAAUUCUUGGUAUGCCUGGUUUGACUGCUUAUGCCGGUUUUUAUGAGAUAUGCUCUCCUAAGAAGGGGGAGUUUGUCUUUGUUUCAACAGCUUCUGGUGCAGUUGGUCAGCUUGUCGGGCAAUUUGCAAAAUUGACAGGUUGUUAUGUUGUUGGCAGUGCUGGAAGCAAAGACAAGGUUGAGCUAUUGAAGAAUAAAUUUGGGUUUGAUGAUGCUUUUAACUACAAGGAAGAGCCAGACUUGGAGGCAGCUUUGAAAAGGUACUUCCCUGAAGGUAUAGACAUUUAUUUUGAAAAUGUUGGAGGAAAGAUGCUUGAUGCAGUUCUACCAAACAUGAGUAUCCGUGGACGAAUUUCGGUGUGUGGUAUGAUCUCACAAUACAACCUUGAGCAGCCAGAAGGCGUGCACAACUUGAUGCAUCUUGUUUCCAAACGAAUUCGCAUGGAAGGAUUCAUGGUUCGUGAUUACUUUCAUCUGCACUCGCAAUAUCUGGAAAUGGUUUUGCCUCUCAUCAAAGAAGGAAAAAUUGUUUAUGUAGAAGAUACAGCAGAAGGGCUUGAGAGUGGCCCAGCAGCUCUAAUAGGGCUCUUCACAGGCCGCAACAUUGGGAAACAGGUGGUUGCUGUUACUGAGGAAUAACUUAACCUUAUGUGCAGCAUCUAUUAUGUAACUUGGAUUUUAUCUGCACCUAGUUAACCAGCUUAUUGUGCAGUUGAACUGCUUGAUUGUGGAUAUUGCAAGAAGAAUAAAAAGUGGUCAGCUGUAUAUUUCUAGUUA